UCAAGACACGAUGGGGGUCCAGUGGGUAAGGUUUUAAUUAUAGUAAUUCAUAAUUCAUCUUAGCGUUGCAUGAAAACAUAUUAAUUAAUAAAAUGGAUGAUUAAAAAAAUUAGUAUAAUAGUAAAAAUUAACUAAUACAAUUUUGUUUGUUUGUAGGCAUGGAGGUGACAACGGAUCCUGGGCCGAGUGAUCGUUCUGUCCUGACAUUGCAGGCCUCACACAGGAGUGAGGAUGUUUGGCUUGGCCUCGAUGUUCAGGUUGAUAGGUGCCGCGAGCACCUGCGGGGUUUGUCACAUAUGCACGUGGACGACAGAGUAGUUGCAUAUGUUCGUGCUGCGGGUUUUUAUGAUCUGCACAGAUUGGUGGCUACUGUCCCUCUCGAUAGAGCGCUACUCACUGCUCUUCUUGAGCAUUGGAGGCAGGAGACACACACAUUCCACCUCCCUGUUGGUGAGGUGACAGUGACCUUGGGAGAUGUUGUUAUACUAACUGGGUUACAGGUUGAUGGGAGAGCGGUUACAGGCACUGCUUGUCGACAUUGGGUAGAUGAGUGUGAGCGGUUGUUAGGUAUCCGCCCCGUUCUUUAGACUGGCCUUCAGGGGUCAUCUCUGAGGAUGUCAUGGUUGCGGGAGCACUUCCAGGUGCUUCCUCCGGACGCUGAUGAGGUGGUGAUCCAGCAGCAUGCGCGAGCAUAUAUCUUGAUGAUGAUGGGAGCCUCCAUUUUCGCUGACAAGAGCGGAAAUGAGAUUCAGGUGCUGCACUUGCCUAUGCUAGUGAGGUUUGAUGUAGCUGCACAGUUCAGCUGGGGUAGUGCCACGCUGUCUUAUCUCUACAGACAGCUGUGUCGCGGCUGCCAUAGAGGGAGCACAGAGCUUGGAGGAUUUUUGUUACUCCUCCAGAUUUGUUUAUGGGAGUAUAUCCACAUUGGGCGUCCCAUUGUAGUCGCAUAUCAUGGCAUUGAUGGACACCCACUGCGUGAUGAGCCUCCAUGUCUUCUGGGACCACAUCAUGUACGGGGCGAGGACCCUCUGGGCCGUCGAUAUGUUUUCAAUCGUUGGUAUUUAUGUUAUUGUAUGUUGAAUGUAAAUAUAUUAAUAAUAUCCAUAUUAAUGAAACAGUUACAUGAAUGCUUAGAUGGCUAUUUGCUGGUCUAUGACGCAUGUCAUCCGCUACUGGGCUCGAAUGUCUACAGGGAUGCAUUUGAUCGGAUGUCUGAGGAUCAGAUUACCUGGAUGCCGUAUACAGCCGAGAUGUUUGCAGAGUUUCCCCCAGCUGGACGAGAGCAUAGUCACAUAUGGCAAGCACGUGUGCCGUUGAUAUGUUUUGACAUUGUUGAGCUUCAUUUGCCUGAUCGAGUCUUGCGACAGUUUGGGUUUGAGCAGGUCAUUCCACGGCGACACUUAUGUAGAGCUUCAUAGGCUGGAUAGGAGUGGGAAGCAUACGAAGGAUUGGGUACUGAGACAUGUCCGACACGUCACUCUGUGGGACAGGCGAUGCCAUCUUAUACACAUGCCCCCAUCUCAGGAGAUGCCAUCGACGUCUAAUGCAGCGGCGGCUUCAUCAUGCCAGACGCAGCAUGAGAGAGUGGUUCUUCAACCACGACAACAGCGUAGGCGUAGACAUCAGCAGCAACAUCUCCA